UAAGAGCGCUCGCGGCCCACGCUCCGCUCCCGCCGCGCCUCCUCCCUGGCCGCGCUCCCUCCCGACACCCGGCUUCUCCCAGCCAGCAACCUGCGGCAGCGACGGCCGCCCGGCCCCUCCCGGCAGCACCAUGACAGAUCAGGCCUUUGUGACACUGACCACAAACGAUGCCUACGCCAAAGGAGCUCUGGUCCUGGGCUCAUCUCUGAAACAGCACAGGACCACCAGGAAGCUGGCUGUGCUCACCACUCCACAGGUCUCAGACUCCAUGAGAAAAGUUUUAGAGACAAUCUUUGAUGAAGUCAUCACAGUAGACGUCUUGGACAGUGGUGAUUCUGCGCAUCUAACCUUAAUGAAAAGGCCUGAGUUGGGUGUCACGUUAACUAAACUCCAUUGCUGGUCACUUACACAGUAUUCAAAAUGUGUGUUCAUGGAUGCAGAUACUCUGGUCCUAGCAAAUAUUGAUGAUCUUUUUGAGAGAGAAGAAUUGUCGGCGGCACCAGACCCAGGGUGGCCUGACUGCUUCAAUUCUGGAGUCUUUGUUUAUCAGCCUUCAGUUGAAACAUACAAUCAGCUGUUGCACCUUGCUUCUGAGCAAGGCAGUUUUGAUGGUGGGGACCAGGGUUUACUGAACACAUUUUUUAACAGCUGGGCAACAACAGAUAUCAGAAAACACCUGCCAUUUAUUUAUAACCUAAGCAGCGUUUCUAUAUACUCCUACCUCCCAGCAUUUAAAGCAUUUGGGGCAAAUGCCAAAGUUGUGCAUUUCCUGGGACAAAUCAAACCUUGGAAUUAUACUUAUGAUCCUAACACAAAAAGUGUCAAAAGUGAGUCCCAUGAUCCCACCAUGACUCAUCCAGAGUUUCUCAACCUGUGGUGGGACAUCUUCACCACCAACGUGUUACCUCUGCUUCAACAAUUUGGCCUUGUCGAAGACACCCACUCAUGCCUGAAUGUGGAAGGUGUCUCAGGAGCCAUAUCACAUCUGUCCCUUGGGGAGAUCCCGGCUGCGGCACAGCCUUUUGUGUCCUCAGAAGAACGGAAGGAGCGGUGGGAACAGGGCCAGGCUGAUUACAUGGGAGCAGAUUCCUUUGACAACAUCAAGAGGAAGCUUGACACUUACCUCCAGUAGAAACACUGCCAUUUUCCCAUGGACACAUCCACUUCACAGGCCCUUGUUUCAGAUACUUAGUGUCUAGAUCUGGGUUAGGAAAGGUCUGUUACGGUUGCUAGAAGCUUUGCUAGAAUUCAUCAGAUGAGGGGAUUUUUCAGGACAACGGGGAGAACUGGGCAAAAGUUGUGAAGUAGCAGUUCUGUUAUGUGGACAGCAUUCUGCUUUUUAACCCUAGGCUUAUUCAUUAUUCAGUUCAUGUGUUGGAAGUUCUUAAUUUUGCUGAUGGCCAACAUAUGUGGUGGUAAGGGAAGCUCAAGCUAAUUAAGAUGGCUGUAUCGACUCUAAGAAUGUGCCAAUGCAGGCUCUAAACCAGUCUCCCUUCAGAAAGGGACAAGGUAUCUCUCUCUCUCGCUUGCACGUUGUACCUUUCACUAGACCUGCAUUUUAUUUAGAAUUGCCCAGAGACUGCCAGAGUGAUUGUAAUUCUGCUUUCAGGUGAAGACAGCCUGUAACACUGCUGAGUGAUUCAUAAACCUAUCAACAAAUGGUGUUAACCCAUUUUAUUUCCUAAUUGUAGUGUCUGAAAUUGUUCACCAGUUUUCUAUGUACAGUAAGGCAGCAUGCUAAAAUGCUUUUGUUCAGUUCUGUAUAUCUGUAAACAGCUUGUGCUCUCUGAUGGUUACCUGCGGUGGCACCUUGUAUGAAAAUAAAGACUUCUUGCCAUAUCUUGUCUAA